AUGGACGCCUCCUCGUUUCCUACAACAAUCCCACUGCUACUUCCUUUUCCUCACCGCCACAUCACGGACAGUACUACCACUGCAACUCAUAGCCCGGCUGCCCGUGAUGAAGAACAGGACGAUGAAGACAUUCUUUCCCUGUGUGAUCUUCCUCUCCACAACACCAGCAGCAACAACAUGAAUCAGAACCAUCUUGCUGCUGCUCUUGAUGGUGAUGAUGAUGAGGAGGAGGACGAAGAUGGGUUCGAGUUCUCGAGGGAGUACUCGUUCACAGCCGAUCAAUCCCUUGAUGUCACCACCACCAAAAACAGAGACAUCGAUUUGAAUAACAGCAUCGUCUUCUGCGGGAAGCUCAUUGCUCACAGACAAUUAGCAGUCCAACAACAGAGCAAGAAGAAACAGAGCAGCAGCAGCAGAGGCAGAGGAAGCAGGAUUUUCCCCUGGAAAUCAUUCUCCUCCUCCUCCUCUUCCUCCUCGUCCAAUUCAUCAUCAUCGGCGUCGAAUUCAUCUAGUUCGUCGCCGGGCAGGAAGAAGAAGAAGAAGAAGGGAACCGGGGCUGGGAGGUGGAGAGCAAGAGGGUAUUUGUGUUUGGCGAUUGGGGUGGAGUGGAAGUUGCCGGUGAGGAGUAUGGAUCUCAAGGACAUUAAGCUGAGGCAGAGUCGCCGGAGCUCUUCUACCAGUCUUGAUUUUGAUGUUUCAACAACAUCAUCGUCGUCGUCGUCUUCCAAGCUGCCGGAUGCUAAUUCCACCGCCGUCGGUAGUAAAUCUGGAAAGGGUUUAUGGUGUUUGCUCAGGAUUUUGGCCGGAGCUCGCCCUUGA